AUGGAAAACUUGAGGUUGAGGGGUGAUGAGGCUGAUGUGAUGGCGCUUCUGCAGCGUUCGCUGUCCAACAUUGUAUAUAUUGCAAUAUCUGGCGAGGUAAUACCGGAAGGGGACGAAGAUGAGGACAUGUUCUGGAACAUCGUCGACGCAAAUUUGUACUUCCUUGCCAAUUCCCGAAUAACCACAACGUGGUCCAUCCUGAGCUCCACCAUAUUCCUCCUUCUUUACCAUCCCGAGUUCCAAGACCGCCUGGCCAAGGAACUGCAGGAAAUUGUGAAACAGGGCGAAGAAGCUACAAGUCGGGACAAGGUUAAGUCCCCCCUCAUGGAAGCCCUGGAGUUGGAGACACAUCGUCUACUGCUCGUGAACCCAACGCUUUUAUCCCGGGUGGCAAGUAAGGAUUUCGAGUAUGAAGGGUACACCAUAAUUGAAGGAACGAUGCCACUGCUGGACUAUGAUCCUCGACAACUGGAAAAUUUGGAUUAG